AUGUCGGAUCUUGGCUUGUUGCAUCACUUCUUGGGAAUUGGAGUAAUACAAGAAACCACUGGGAUUUUCAUACAUCAACAGAAGUAUGCACAAUCACUGCUUGAAAGAUUCAAUCUGAAAGGAUGCAAAUCUGUGGCAACACCAUUGAUCACGAAUGAGAAACUUUGUAAAGUGGAUGGUUCUGAAUCUGCUGAUGAAUGCUUAUACCGAAGGAUGGUUGGAAGUCUGCUUUAUUUGACUGCUACAAGACCUGACAUUAUGUAUGCAGCCAGUCUCUUAUCAAGGUUUAUGCAUAAUCCCACGAGAAUUCACAUGGGAACUGCUAAGAGAGUACUAAGGGAGAAAAAAGCAAUUCUGGUAGGCUUCUGUGACAGCGAUUGGGGUGGCAGUGAAGAUGACAUGAGAAGUACCUCAGGAUAUGCAUUUACAUUCGGUUCUGGGAUAUUUUCUUGGGCUUCUGUCAAGCAACAAAGUGUUGCAUUGUCUACGGCUGAAGCAGAGUAUGUGAGUGCUGCAAUGGCUACCUCCCAAGCUAUAUGGUUGAGGUUUGUGUUAAAGGAUUUUGGUGAGUGA